AUGGCUACAGGCCAGCAAUCUAAUGCUCCCCAGAGCCGUCGAGUCGGGGAGCAUUGGAGUGGUGCCAAUCCAAUUCCAACCAUUCAUCACUUUAUGGAACAUAUCGAUGCCGAGAAGAAGGAACGGGAUCGCAGGAUAGACGAAGAAAACAGAUUUAAGCAAGAGAAGGCUGCGCGUGAAAAAGCGCAACAGGCGUCUGGAAAACAACCAGAGCAAGCGGACCAAAAAGAUCAGAAAGAUGGGGAUGCUGUCGCUCAUAAGCCACGUGAAGUUUCCCAGGCCAAGAUGCGUACCGUGACAGACCCGACCACGGGCAAGGACAUCGGCGUUGAAGACCUAGAUGAAACAUCCAUGGAAGCUGUAACAAAUCCAAUGGUAUGUGUGAUGAUCUUGAACAAACUAUGGAUGAAAUCUGAUCCAUUCGCAGUUGACCGUUCCCAAUGCAAAUCUUGGAAAACAUACGGAAAAACAAGACAUCACCGCACCCCCGAUCCCAUCGCCGAAGGCACCACCUCCGAUGUUCCCAUUCGAGGAGAGAAGACGAAUGUUCUGUUCCACCCCACCCCAACUGUCUCAUACCAGCCUAUGUUUGAUUCGUUGCAAAAGCGUGCGACGAGUCUCUGCAUAGGAAUACCUGUUGCCAUAAUUGUACUAGGACGGAUGUUCGGAGGGUCUCUUUGGGGCCUUAUCCCCCUGGCUGCAUGCAUCACGAGCGGCGUAUGGCUAUGGAUGCAGGAGGUCAUUCGUAGUGGCCGAGCAAUGGAGUGGAGUAGUGAGCAUCUCCGUGGCCAGAUGUCUUGUCGGUGGAUAGAAACACUGACGGUUCAAAAGGCCACUGCCAAUCUGCUCCCUGAAUCCGUCGAGUGGAUGAACAGUUUCCUUGGCGUUAUAUGGGGACUGAUUAAUCCAGAGAUGUUGACGCCUGUGGCCGACACAAUUGAAGAUAUCAUGCAAGUCUCUGCGCCCAAGGUUGUAGAGAAUGUUCGCAUUGCAGAGAUUGACCAGGGUGACAACCCACUACGAAUUCUGAGCAUGCGGGCUCUACCCGACGAUCAUGUGCAGGAUUUGAAGGAAAACAUCCGCGAGGAGAACAGAAAGAACAAGGAUCCACAGGAAGCUGCUGCUGCUGAGGAAGGAGCGAGUUAUUACAACAUGGAAGCAUCCUUUGCCUAUCACGCAAAACCAACUGGUCAGUCUACUUCGGCAAAAGCACGCAAUAUGCACAUGCAACUGGUCUUCUACCUUGGAAUUCGAGGCUUGUUUGGUGUGCCGUUCCCCGUGUUCGUGGAGCUGAUCGAACUCGUCGGAACUGUCCGCAUGCGCUUUCAAAUGAUGCCCGAAGCACCUUUCAUGAAGGAUGUGACUUUCACGUUAGUCGGCAUUCCUCACGUCAGAGCUGGCUGCAUGCCAAUGUUCCGAACGGGAGUGAAUAUUCUUAACUUACCCCUAAUCUCCAACUUUGUCAACUCCGCUAUAAGUACCGCGUGUGGCAUGUUCGCAGCCCCCAAGUCAAUGACCAUGGAUCUUGGCAUGAUGUUGACAGGAGAUGAUAUCCACAAAGAUACUUUGGCUCUUGGUGUGAUGUGGAUUCGCAUUCACCGCGCUGUCGGCUUGAGUAAACAGGAUGCCCGCGGCAGCGAAGGUGGUGGCAGUGAUCCAUACAUUAAUUUGUCCUUCUCAAAAUACGGCAAGCCCAUGUAUUGUACUCGCGUGAUUACUGAUGACCUGAACCCAGUUUGGGAAGAGACUGCCGCCCUUCUUGUGACACCAGAACUGAUCAAGGCCGAUGAAAAUUUGAGCAUCGAGCUCUGGGACUCCGACCGCAACACAGCGGAUGAUAUUGUCGGCAAGGUCGAACUACCGAUCCGUGAGAUGCUUCAGCAUCCCAGUCGGAUGUAUCCCCAGGUGUCAAAGCUUCAGGGUAUGGAUGAGGGCACUGAAAUGCCCGGUCAGCUACAUUGGGAAGUUGGAUACUUCGGGAAACCAAAACUCCGCCCUGAGCUGCGCACUGAUGGCAAGAAGAAAGACCUUCCUGAUAAUCUUAAAGGUAAUCCGACUUUCGAAGACGAAAAGGGAGCUAUCAACAACGAUGAAGAGGAUGCCAUCAUGCACACACCACCUGAUCCAAUCUGGCCCAGCGGUAUUGUGCACAUUGUUGUACACCAAAUCGUCAACCUUCAGCUAGCCAACAUCAAGGGCAGUGAUGGGAACCGCAAGGGCAAGGAGUAUGAGCCGGCGAAGCCGUAUGGGGAGAACACAGAGGAGCAGGGUGAAGACCUUCCAACAAGUUAUUGUAAGGUUUUGUUGAAUGAUCAAUUGAUCUAUCGCACUCGUGCAAAGGCUGUGAGCUCCAAGCCUAUUUUCAACGCAGGAACAGAACGAUUUGUUCGCGACUGGCGGUCAGCCGUCGUGACCGUCACCGUUCGAGACCAACGCUAUCGCGAGCAUGACCCCAUUCUCGGCGUGGUUCCCUUAAAGCUAUCUGAUAUUCUCCAAACCAGCUCACAAGUGACCCGCUGGUAUCCACUCGAUGGUGGCAUUGGAUUUGGACGCAUCCGGAUUUCCCUUCUGUUCCGCCAUGUGGAGACCAAGUUGCCACCUACCAUGCUUGGCUGGGAUGUCGGCACCUUUGAAUUUGUUGGACAAAGUAUUACCGCGAAGGACUACGGUCGAAACACUAAGAUCAAGCUGCGCACCGGUGGCAGCGUUGGCAAAAUCACCCGGCACAAGUGUCAGCUGAAUGGCAGUGAUGCGGUAUUUGAUACCUCUGAUGCGACUUUCCGCGACUCACUGCGCAUGCCCGUGAAGCACCGAUACCGCUCUCCAAUUGUGUUCGAGUUCCAUAACCAGGGCAAGCGAAGCGCAGCAUCAUACGCUGUUCUGUGGCUCCAACAUCUUGUUGAUAACGAGGAAACAGAUAUCGACCUUCCCAUCUGGACAACAAAGAUGGGUGCUCGCUUGACACAAAACUACGUCACGGAAGAGAACUGGAAGGCCAAGGAAACACCCGGGCUCGAAGACUUGACGGAGGUAGGACGCCUGCAAUUCCGAUGCAAGUUCUCUCCUGGAAUUGACGAAUCGCACGAGCGUUUCGUGGUUGACAACGACUCCCGGGAGACCUUCGAGACCUGGGAAGCGUGUCUGUCACAAGGUGUCCGUUCUCGCACCGUGCAAAUUGAAGUUCCCGCAGAAGUGCAAGAAAAGCACGAGCGGUCUUUGAUCGACGGACGGGACGUGUUGAAGCAAGCCUCGCCCACUGAACGUCAUCGGUGGAUUGACCACCACGGCCAAGACUGGAGUGGUGCGUUUGGCCAAGACCCGCGUGCCUACACCGAUUCCAUCGGACGCAAGGUCGCUGAGCCUGGCCGGGACCACCCUCCCCAUGACCCAUACACCCCUCCCCCUUUGAGGGAUCACUCUGCUCAUCGAUCCAGUUCCCCAAGUGAAUAUCACUACGACGAGGACACCUCGCAAUCAGAUGAUGAACUCGAGUCAUUGUCGAAUGGACCCUCGACAGUUGGUGGCAGUACUGGAGGGCCACCUGCAUCGCAAGCCAAUAUGAGUACCAGCCAGAUCAACAGGGCGAAUAAACACAGCGAGCAGCGACAGCAACGUGGUCUCAUGCAGUGGCGACCUGCGCGGAAUGCUGCCUUUGCCAAAAAUGAGGCCAAGUAUGCGCUCCGUAAGGUGAAGAAGAAGGUCGGGGCGGGAGGCCUCACUGGUCGCGAGCCAGAUGUCGAGACGGAGACUUAA